AGCCUUAUUCACCACACUAAUUCAUUUGGUUUGAAAUCUUAAUAAGAGUUUUCAAACUACUAGAUCACCAGAAAAACAAGAAAUCAAGAAUGGGUGUUUGUUCGAUACUGUUAAUCAUAUUUGUAAACUACUACUUGGUCUACACAUCUGCACAGCCAACCUUUCGUGAAGAUUUCUGUUCAGGAGGUAAUUACACUAAUAGCAGUACUUAUCAAACUAACCUUAAUUUCCUUCUCUCGAACUCUCUCCCUUUAUUCAACCGCGAAGGCACCAACAAUAAUUAUCGAAGUUCUUCCAUUGGAUCCGGUUCCGAUACCGUUCACGGAUCUUGCCAGUGCAGAGGUGAUCUUACAAUGAAUGAAUGCCAAGUUUGUUUUGAUGCAGCAACUCGAGACGUUAUACAGAAGAUAAGAUGUCCAUAUUCUAAACAAGCAAUUAUAUGGUAUGAUGAAUGUGUUUUUAGAUACUCCGAUGAAUCAUAUUACUCAAUUUUGGAAGACGAACCAGUAUUUUACAUGAUAAAUCGGUCUACAGUUACUACUGGUACUGGUGAGUUUGAUAAGAUCUUAGCAGGGCUAAUGAAUAACUUAGUGAAUGAUCUCGGUUCUUCUUCUAUCAACAACUUCGCAGUUGGAAAAGCCAAGUUUACGGCAUCUACACAGAUAUAUGGAUUAGUACAGUGUGCUCCAGAUAUAGUACCAAGUGAUUGCAAUAAAUGCCUUGGUCGGAUUGUUGGGAAUUUAUCAACAUGUUGUGAUAUGCAAACAGGUGCAAGAGUUUUUAAUCCAAGUUGUAAUUUCAGAUAUGAAACAUAUCCUUUCUAUAAUUCAACUACCGCAGCACCAAAUUCAAAGAGAAAGAAUUCGCAGAAAGUUGCUAUCAUUAUAGUUGUUCCUUCGAUUAUUGUUGUACUAUCCGCAAUAGCAUUAUGGUACUUGUGCUCGCGAAGAACAACAAAGGAAACGGAGCGUAUCGAUGAAAUUUAUGGGAUUCAGAGUGUUGAAUCCUUCAGAUUCCACAUUAGUACAAUAAGAGCUGCCACUAAUAAUUUCUCUAACGCAAAUAAGCUUGGGGAAGGCGGUUUUGGUUCUGUAUACAAGGGUACACUUGCAGAUGCACAAGAGAUAGCUGUAAAGAGGCUCUCUAGAAAAUCAGGUCAGGGCGAAGCAGAAUUUAAGAAUGAGGUUGUGUUACUCGUAAGACUGCAACACAAGAAUCUUGUGAGGCUUCUAGGUUUCUGCUUAGAUGCAGAAGAACGACUACUCAUCUAUAACUUCAUGCCGAAUUCAAGCCUUGACAGGAUUAUAUUUGAUUCGGUUAAACGUACAUGUUUGGAUUGGGGAAAACGGUACAACAUUAUAGGAGGCAUUGCAAGAGGGGUUCUUUAUCUGCACGAAGAUUCUCGACUUAAGAUUAUUCAUCGUGAUCUCAAAGCCAGCAAUAUAUUAUUAGAUGUAGACAUGAACCCCAAAGUUUCAGAUUUUGGAAUGGCUAGACUUUUUGCAGUGGACCAAACUCAAGCCAUGACAACCAGAAUUGUUGGAACAUAUGGAUAUAUGGCCCCAGAGUAUGCGAUGCAUGGGCAGUUCUCUGAUAAAUCAGAUGUGUUUAGUUUCGGUGUCUUAGUUCUAGAGAUUCUUAGCGGGAAAAAGAACAACUCUUUCAACGAAUCAGAGGUUUCCGGAGACCUUGUCAGCCAUGCAUGGAGACACUGGAAAAAAGGGACAGCUUUAGACUUGUUAGAUUCGGUUCUGAAGGACAGUUAUUCAGAAAGUGAAGUAAUGAGAUGCAUCCACAUUGGAUUAUUAUGCGUUCAGGAAAAUGCAGCAGACCGCCCAACAAUGGCGUCAAUUGUUUUAAUGCUCAACAACUACUCUACUAGUCUACCAGUACCUUUGGUACCAGCUUUCUUUGUUCCUGCAGAGGAAUAUAGAAUUAUAUUUAGAGAGAGUAAAGACCUGCCAAGUGUUUCGACGAGUAAAUCAGGAGAUAGUGUUGAUGAAGCUUCGCUUACUGAAUUACAUCCCCGGUGAUAAUGACAUUAUGAAGGUACAUUUCAAAGUAUACAACAUAUUGGUUAGUUGUUAUAUAACUACAUAAAUUUGUCCACAAGUUAUUAAAUGGGAUUAAGACUAAAUAGUGAUUUUGUUCACAUGUACUCCAUAUACGAGCAAACAAAUGCUUCAUUUGAUAGUCGUCCGUCUCUCAGUCCCCGGCAAUGCAUGGAAUUUUCUGUAAACAUAAUUCGUUUGGGCCUUUAAAGCAAGGCUUUGGUGCAACAGAGCCCAAAUUUGCACCAAAAAUUCUUUUAUAAAACAUGUCUUAUGUA